CCCUCUCUCCCUCCCUCUCUCCAGCAGCGGGUCUGUGUCUGUCUGUCUGUCUGUCACGGACAAGGAGCUGCCGCCGGAUCGCGGAUCAGUCCCGGAGCAGCGCGGGCUCCAUCUAUGCCGCUUGCAGGAUAACUUGUAACUAUGACAACAGAAUGUGUGGCGGAUCCUGAGUUAACGAAUGUUGAGCAGCGGUCCCCUGUGGAGGAGCAGCCCCUGGUCCAGCCGGAGAUGGCAGAUAAUAGAGAACAGCUGCACAACGAGCCCAACAACAAGCAGGAACAGAACUCUGAGAAGGAUCAGAAAGCCAAGAGCAUUCCUCGCGUCGAGGAACCGGACGCUGGUGAAACAGACGAGGACAAAACCUCGGAGAGGACCACUCCUGGCAGGACUCCCAAAUCACCAAUGAAAGGAUCAAAGAAGCAAAAGGCCAUGGGCUGCAAGGUGACGCUUCUGGACGGCACGGAGUUUGAGUGUGAGGUGGAGAAGCGAGCCAAAGGCCAACUUCUCUUUGAUCUUGUGUGUGAGCACCUCAACCUGCUGGAGAAGGAUUACUACGGCCUGACCUUCUGCGACUCCGACAGUCAGAAGAACUGGCUCGACCCGUCAAAAGAUAUAAAGAAACAAAUUCGAAGUGGCCCAUGGCAUCUUGCAUUCACUGUGAAGUUCUACCCACCAGACCCGACAGAACUGUCUGAAGAUAUCACAAGGUAUUACCUUUGCCUGCAGCUGAGGGAUGAUAUCAUCUCUGGACGACUGCCGUGUUCCUUUGUCACGCACGCACUGCUGGGCUCGUACACGGUGCAGGCUGAGCUGGGGGACUAUGACCCAGAGGAGCACGGCCCAGACUACGUGACUGAGAUCCGCUUUGCACCAAAUCAGACAAAGGAGCUGGAGGAGAGGGUGGUGGAACUGCACAAGUCCUACAGGGGGCUAACGCCAGGAGAAGCAGAGAUGAACUUUCUGGAAAAUGCCAAGAAGCUGUCGAUGUACGGAGUGGACUUGCACCAUGCCAAGGACUCGGAGGGCAUUGAUAUCAUGCUUGGCGUUUGUGCGAAUGGACUUCUCAUCUACCGGGACCGACUCAGAAUAAACAGGUUCGCCUGGCCCAAGAUCCUCAAGAUUUCGUACAAAAGGAGCAACUUCUACAUUAAAAUCAGACCCGGAGAGUACGAACAGUUUGAAAGUACCAUCGGCUUCAAGCUCCCGAACCACCGCGCUGCCAAACGACUGUGGAAAGUGUGCAUCGAACACCACACCUUCUUCAGACUUGUGUCUCCAGAGCCUCCACCAAAGGGUUUCCUGGUGAUGGGCUCCAAGUUUCGUUACAGUGGCCGUACACAGGCACAAACACGGCAGGCCAGUGCCUUGAUUGACCGCCCCGCGCCCUACUUUGACCGGUCUUCCAGCAAACGAUACACAAUGUCACGGAGUCUGGAUGGAGAGUUUUUCCGUCCAGCUUCAGUCGGGGAGAACCAUGAGGGCCUCCUGAAGGAAUUGAUCAACAACACCAGUGAAACAUCGAGGACAGAAACUCCCGACACCAUACAGUCGGACAGCAAGAAAUCCUCGCAGAAAUCCGAGAAAGCCGACGAAGUCACAACGCCGACCAAAAUAAAAGAAAUGAAGAUGGAACGAGAGGAUGAGCCGCGACUUAGGCAAGAGUUCCUAGAUAAACCAGAAGAUGUCCUGAUGAAACACCAAGCCAAUAUCAAUGAACUGAAACGGACAUUGCAGGAGUCGACCAGCAUUAAGAUAAACCACAGUGACCGGGAAAGGAAGUUAACAACCUCUCCGUCAAAGGCUAAAGACAAGGAGCCGGAGGGAUUGGAGAAGCUGGUAGAGAGUAAACCUGGAGCCCAUGAAACCAGCGGUGAAGACAAAGAUACCAAGCCACCUCGAGAAGCUUCCAGAUCUCCAGGGAGGAGCUCAGUGAAAGGGCAUGUGUCAGAAGAUGCAGUUGUGACAGCACUUCCACCACAGAGCACGGAGGCACGACUGGAUCUGAAGCGGGGUUCAGUGCUGGCCGCACAGGAAUCUGAAGAAGCGAUGGAGCAGAUGCAGGAGCUGGCGGCCCAGAGUGUGGUUGUGGACCUCAUGCAUCCCAGUGACCACACAAACUCCGCACCACCUGCUGAAGGCCAGGUGUUGUCAGCACCUGAACAAACUGACGGACAGGUGGAAGAGAAGCUCCCAACGCAAACUAAGGUGACAAAACCAGAAGGAAGUGACAGUACUGUGUCUGAGACCAGUACUCCAAGUACCAAAAGUACUCCAAGUACCAAAAGUACUCCAAGUACCAAAAGUACUCCAAGUACUAAAAGUACUGACGAGCAGCCCACUCCGGAAGAUGGAGCGGACCAGCAUAAUGGCCAAGAGGCUGAAGAUAGCCAAGCAAAGCCUCAACUGGAGGAUGUUCAGAAAGCAACAGCUGGACUGCCAAGUGAUGUACCUACUGGACCAAUGGAAACAUCCUCCAAAGAAACUGUUGUACCAUUGGACAUCAAAACCCCCACCAAAACCACACAGAUGAACAACAGUCCAGAUUCGGGACAUGAAGUUGUAACGAGCUGUGAGAGUGUGGAGCCAGUAACGCCACCAGUACCAGCUGUGGACGGUGGCGCGGUGGCGGUCAGCGGCUCUCAGUCCGUUACAUCAGAAACUAUAUCCACGUCAACCACAACUCAUAUCACCAAGUCGGUGAAAGGAGGAUUCUCUGAGACCAGGAUUGAGAAGAGAAUCAUCAUCACAGGAGAUGCAGAUGUGGAUCAAGACCAGGCUCUAGCACUAGCCAUCAAGGAGGUGAGGCAGCAACAUCCAGACAUGCUGGUGACCAAGGCCGUGGUGUAUAAAGAGUCCGAGUCAGAAUCAGAGCAGAACACCAAGGAACCAAAGGAGUAACAUGGUGGCAGUAUGACCACCACAUCAGGGGUAGACAUGGAAUCAUUCUGUUGCUCGAUACGACGGGGAAACUCUGCUACCUUCUAACUUCACACAGAAGAAACAGCAAAGAAUAUCAUUAUUAAUAUAAACAGAAAUAUAUACCUGCUACGCAAAAAUAAAUUCCAGAUCUUAUCACCGCCAAGAAAGUAGAACAUUUGCAAGUCCAGAAAACGCAUGUUGACAGGAAUGUAAACAUAAAAUAGAACUUGUAAACCCCCACCCCCCCACUCCC